AUGCAAUCCAGCUUCAGGCUAUCUCGGCAUGUCCUUCCCCGCGUUCGGGACUUUCGGCAAAUGCACAAUGUCAACAUCCGCAACACAACCAUCCGCGCUCUCUCUGCCAGCAUUGCAGUGCGUCGUGAUCGAGCCAUCAAGUGUACGGGCGACACUACUGGAAAGAAUGCCAAUUUCCGGAACGCUCUUGCGCAUAUCAUGUGUGCCACUGGAGCUGUCGCUGUGGGUAUGCACCUCGCGGAGUACGAGGGCGAAUGGCGACCGCCGGAUACUCCGGAAGACGAUACCGAGCUUCAUGAAGUAAUAAACUGGUCCGGUACCCACACCGUCGAAACGAGACGUUAUUACCAACCAGAGACGAUGGAGGAGCUAAGAGCGCUUGUGAAGAACGCACACAUUCGGAGACGGAAACUGCGUCCGGUGGGCUCAGCGCUCAGUCCAAACGGGUUGGCACUUGAAAAAGGUGGCAUGGUCAAUCUCGUCUUGUUGGACAAGAUUCUCGAGAUUGACAAAGAGAAGAAGCAAGUCAAAGUGCAAGCAGGUGCAAGGGUUAAUCAGGUCGUCGAUGCGUUGCGACCGCACGGUUUGACGCUACAGAAUUUCGCAUCAAUUACUGAGCAACAGAUUGGGGGGUUUACACAGGUUGGGGCACAUGGUAGCGGGGCGAAAAUUCCGCCGGUGGAUGAACAGGUUAUUGGCCUGAAGGUUAUCACCCCAGCUGCGGGGGAGCUGGAGCUGUCAAUUGACGACGACGACCCCUCGCUAUUUCAGCUGGCGAGAACUGCGCUCGGAAUGAUUGGAAUUGUCGCUGAGGUUACGUUGCAGUGCGUCCCGGCACAUAAGCUCAUCGAGGAGACUUAUGUCACUACGCGGGCUGAAGUGCAAACUCAGCACAAGUCAUUGAUGGCUAAGAAUCGCCACUUGCGUUACAUGUGGAUUCCUCACACGAAAUACGUCGUGGUAGUUACCUGCAACCCGUACAAGGGAGCAAGGUCCGACGUGUUUCUUCGCUAUAGCAAGUACAAUGACAGUGAGCGUCUUGCUGCUCCGCGAAAACUCUUGCGAAGCCAUCCUGAUUGCAACCUAACUGAUGUUCAGAUAGUAGAACUAGGUUUCACCUCUCUACGAGAUGAGCUUCUGGCGUUGGACCCUCUAAACGUUGAGUGGGUGAAAAAGGUCAACCUCGCAGAGGCUGAGUUCUGGAAACGGUCUGAAGGAACGCGAGUGGACUGGUCAGAUAGGAUUUUGCAGUUUGACUGCGGAGGACAACAGUGGGUUUCGGAAGUAGCAUUUCCAGCUCCUUCGAAUGACGCGAAGAACUCAGACGUACAGUUCGUUCAAGACUUGCUGGAGUUGAUUGAAAAGGAAGGAAUUCCAGCCCCAGCACCGAUCGAACAGAGGUGGUCUGCUCCGAGUCACUCGCCAAUGUCUCCUGCCGGAGAAAAGCCGCCGAAGGAGCUUGCAGAUAUUUACUCCUGGGUUGGCAUCAUUAUGUAUCUUCCAGAUGCAUCUCUCGGCAACGAAACACGCGAGCGAAUCACUGGCGCAUUCAAGGAGUACAAGAGUUUGUGCGAGGAACGACUUUGGAAGAACGCAAGUGCUGUUGAGCACUGGGCAAAGGUUGAGUUGCCAGAUACGGAGGAGGGAAAGACUCGAUUGCGAACAAGAACAUUUCACAAGUACCCUACAGAGGCAUUCAAAGCCAUCUGCGCCAUUUUUGACCCACACGGAAUAUUACGAAACGAGCUGAUGGACACCAUUCUUGGCAUUGAAACGCCGAGUCAAGCACCAAUGUCUGAACCCACACAUGUCUCGUAG